CCACCAGAAGAGCAGAGCCACCCGAAGCGCCAACACGCGAAGACAAAGUCCGGCAGACAGCAGCGCAAAAAGAGACAGAUAGCAGUGAGAAAAUCAUCGAGGAAAAAAGAUUGUGUGCUAGCCGUCAAAUUGAGUUCCAUUCGAGUGGCAAACAAACCUGAGUAGCCGCACCGCCAUGAGCUUUACCCGCCAACUGUCCGAGAUGAGUGCCAGCGAGCUGAACGAUGCCAUCGACGACACCAACUUCCCGCAGGCCCACAUCCUUUCGCGCGGACGCAACAACAGCGUCUGCUCAACAAGUAGCACCUCGGGCACCUCCUCGCUGGCGGACAGGCAGCAGAACCAGGCGGAGGAGGCCACUGCCAUUGCGGGCACACCCGUCGAGGAGGUGGCGCCAGCUCCUGCUCUCGUCCCGUUGGCCGGCAACCAGAGACCCCGCCUCAUCCUGAAGACCAACGGCAGCAGUCCGGAUAGUGAUGGUACACAACCGAAAACACCACUGACACCGCGUACAUCGACAACGCCAGGCCACGAGAAGUGCACGUUCCACCACGACCUGGAGCUGGACCACAAGCCGCCGACGCGAGAGGCCCUCCUUCCGGACAUGGCACGCUCGUAUCGUCUACUCUUGGGCGGCCUGGGCGAGAAUCCCGAUCGCCAGGGACUGAUCAAGACGCCGGAGCGGGCAGCCAAGGCCAUGCUGUACUUCACCAAGGGCUACGACCAGAGUCUCGAGGAUGUUCUCAAUGGCGCCGUUUUCGACGAGGAUCAUGACGAAAUGGUGGUGGUCAAGGAUAUUGAAAUGUUCUCCAUGUGCGAGCAUCAUCUGGUGCCCUUCUACGGCAAAGUUUCCAUCGGUUAUUUGCCGUGCAACAAGAUUCUCGGACUCAGUAAAUUGGCACGCAUUGUCGAAAUAUUUUCGCGUCGCCUGCAAGUCCAGGAGCGCUUAACUAAGCAGAUCGCAGUGGCCGUGACUCAGGCCGUGCAACCCGCUGGAGUAGCAGUGGUCGUAGAGGGAGUCCACAUGUGCAUGGUGAUGCGUGGCGUGCAGAAGAUCAACAGCAAAACUGUUACCUCAACUAUGCUGGGCGUGUUCCGAGACGAUCCCAAGACCCGUGAGGAAUUCCUGAACUUAGUCAAUAGCAAAUAGAGUGGGCACUAGAGGACGCUACUGAAAUCCGAGACCAACUAAACCCCUACAAUAUUUUUGGAGGCGCUUAUAUACAAACAAACAAAAAUGAAACGAAACACAGGGUCCAUUAGUUUAUGUUUUUAGGAUUGAUUUCAUUUAGUUAGUGCAAUGAUUGCGCAGCCAUUUUCCUUGUUGAUUUGUGUAAAAAUUGUUGAAAAAUUUUGUUAGCAAAAUACGUUUUUUAGAUAGAUGAAUGUAAUGAGAAGCGAGAUUCGAAGAGGACGAGAUUUGAAUACCGGUGUUGGGUAGUUUUAUGUUCAAUUUUAUAUGCAGUUUUAUGGCACUUGAACGAUAAUUUUUACAACGUAUACAUACGAUUAAUGCAUUGUGCAAUAAGGGAACAACUGAUAAUAAAUCACGGCAAAUUGUUUAGGGAAUUUACAAUUUAUAAACAGUUCACAUCAAAUUAAUCAGAUCUAUAGUUAUGUAUGUAUGUUAACCUAUAUAAAGAGUUGCAUUCAUAAUGUUCCUCGACAGGGACCAAAGUAUAUUGGAAGAUUUUAAAUGUUAAAAUUAUAUGCUCAUUAUGUAAAUGACGUUGCUUGUAGUGAGUCAAAGCUGCUUAUUAAUUAUACAAUAAAUUAUGUAUUUAAAUAACGUU